AUGGGCAGCAACCGCCGCGACGACCUCGGCGCCUACGUCAGGAACCCCGAAUCCUUUCCCAAGGACGUUAUCUAUCAGAAUGAGGAAUUUGUUGCAAUUCGCGACAAGUUUCCGAAAUCAUCUCUUCACUUACUCCUCCUACCCCGCGACCGGAUCAAAAUGCGCAAGCACCCAUUCGAAGCCUUUAAAGAUGCCGAAUUCCUAGAGAAGGUCAAGGUAGAGGCAGGCAAGCUCCAGAAGCUAGCGGCCAGCGAGUUACGUCGCAUGUAUGGUAAGGAUUCUGCGCAGGAGAAAGUGAGGCAAGCUGCACUGGAUGCGCACCCACCGCCAGACGAGUUGCCCGCAGGCAGGGACUGGGUGAAGGAGAUCAAGUGUGGAGUUCAUGCUGUUCCGUCCAUGAACGAUCUACACAUUCAUGUCAUCGCGGUGGAUCACUAUAGCGAGCGGAUGAAGCAUCGGAAACACUACAACAGCUUUGCGACGCCUUUUUUUGUCCCCCUGGAGGACUUCCCGUUGAAAAGCGAUGACUCGCGAUGGCAUCCGGAACGAGAGGGGUACUUGCGUCGGGAUCUUGUCUGUUGGCGCUGCGGCCGGAACUUUGGGAAUAGCUUUGAGAAGCUGAAAACCCACUUAUGGAAGGAGUUUGGCGAGUGGAAGAAGAUUUGA